UGAUUGAAAUCGAGUUACCACAGACGAGGAGAGUUUUCGGGAGCGCAAGGGAUUUAGAGAAGUGGACAUGCUUUCUUUUUCUUUCUUUUUCUCUCUUUCAAAGGAGGAAAUGUGAAACUCGGCGCUUCUAUACUUUUAUUCAAAUAAUAUCAAUGAUGCUGUUCAGUUCGUAAACGUGUAACGUGUAUAUUGGUUGUAUGUGACGAAAUGUUCUGUUUUUUUUCUCUUCUAGACGAUAAGCAUAGCAUACCUGUUGACAUAAACACAGAUAACGAAAUAUCUGUGAGUACGCUAGAGAGAUAUAUUAUCUAAAUUUUGCUUUCCAUGCUGGCAUUAAGCACUGAUCAGGUGAUUCUCAGAUACGCUCAGUUUCUAUUUAAGAUCACUUGCGACGAUAAACACAAAUUCAGUGAAGUCCACUCUCGACGCGAUGAAGGAACCUUUCCUCGCCGCCACUGAGGACUUAACUGUUCUUGCUGACAGGAUUAAGACCGAUUUUCCAGAAUCUGUUUCGUUUUACAACAGUUUGCUCCUUCACGCCCACGGGCAUGCUCGAGCCUACUCCUUCUACACUCUAAAGGCGGCGCCACAUUCUCACGUUAUCAUGUGGUGUCGCUCAGAGAGGAAUGAGGAAUCGCAGAAAACUGAUACUUGGCUAGCCCUCCAUUGUCGCAAAGAGGAAGUUGUUUUGCUGACGGAGGCUCUGCACCAGACACGCUUGCUAGACUGGGAAGGACGGCUGUGUAUCUACCACGUCCCUGAGUACCUGAAAAAUGCGGUACAGGCAGUAGCUGCAGCCAGGACAGGUCAGGAACUAGAUCCUUCCCCAUGCUACACUUUCGUCUAUCAGCCCCAGCUGGAGGAACCAAUUAGGAGCGGUGUCGGGCUCCGCGUUUAUAGACUCGGCAGAAAAGGAGUCCGCCACAUGCUGGACACGAGCAAGUUCGACAAGAAGAAGAACUUCGACGAAAUGCUGCACCUCGUCAGGAGCGCCCCUUCGGCCGGCGUGUACGAGGACCCGAGCGUCGAAUCCGAGGCAGUCGUCGACGCAGCCAACCUCCCCUUCGGCCCGGAGGAGGAGACGCCCGUUGCAUGGAUCACGACCUCGUUCUACGGUGCCCUGGCCAUCCUCAUGACGGAGGAGAGGCACCGAGGGCGCGGUCUGGCCAAGCUAGUGACUCAAGUGGCGGCCAGGAUGCUGGCUGGCCAAGGCUACGUUCCGCACGCCCACGUCGAGGCCAUGAAUGUCCCAUCUGUUAUGAUGUUUAAGAGUCUCCCCGGUUGGCAGGAAAUGCAUGGGGUUUAUUUCAUGCACAGAGUAUAAUUCUUGUGAUACAUUAACAUCCAUGGCGUCAAUAAAGAUAUGAAUAGUUGUCACCCUUGUGAAUACUCUUAUGUAUAUACGACUUUAUCCGUAUACAUGGCAUAUGGUAAUCUUUAGCUCAAUACUAGUGGCGUUAAUUUUGACUAUGCCAUGAGUUAUUUAAUUUCAUCAUGAUUUAUUGCUCAAAAUCUGCUAAAAUCACUAUGUUGUUUACUUAUAUGCAAGCAUGUUAUCUGAGAAUAAACUAGAAAUGGUAUUUUUUUCACUCAAAUAGGUGUUCGGAUUAGUGCAGAAUGAGGUAGAAAUAAAAGUAACAUAAAUAAAAAAUGUAAAAUUU